CGCAGAAGCGGAAGUGCGCGCCGCCGCCAAGAUGGCGGCCAGAACCCGGAAGUGAGCGGCGGCCGCUGAGAGGCUCCGGGAAACUGAGGCGUCGCGGGCUCAGCGACCAGAUCUGAGGAUAUGACACUACAGCUGCUGCUGCCAGCACCACAGAGCAGGCAGCCCAGAUAGCCGCCACCCGAGGGUCGCGGAGCCUCCAGCUGCCUGAUGCUGGCAGUGGGGCCUGCCAUGGACGGGGACGUCCCUGCACAUGAGCUCCCACCCCCUGGAGGUGGCAUCCAGCUACAGAACCGACUCCUGCACUGUCCUUGGUGGGGCAGUUUCUCACCGCCAUUGUACCCCACCUUCUCCAAUGAAAACCAACAGUUUGCGGCUUCCACCCCAUUCCUUGGUGGCCAGGCUUGCCCUGAAACCAGCUACCCCACCACAGCCACCGUCUCCAGCUUCUUCUCCAAGAGCAGCGACUUUCCUCAGCCGCCCCAGCCCUCUGCCUGCUCCUACGGCAUGGUAACAGGGAGAGGCCCGUGCACUCCUGCUCAGUCCGCUUCUCCAGGUGGCAUGGAGCCUCCCCAGGCUCUGAUAGCCUGCUCGGUGACCGGAACAGCACCACAGUCCCCUGUGGGAAUGCCCACCCUGGGCGAGCAGGACCCCUCGUGCCUCGAGGACCUCUCCAAUGCCUCCGUCUUCUCCUCAUCUGUGGACUCCCUGUCAGACAUCCCUGACACACCCGACUUCCCGCAGGCCGAAAGCCUCAGUGAGGUGCCCACCAUCUGGGACGUCAGCACCGCCCCAGCCGCCCAUGACAAGUUGUUCCUACCUGGUGGGCCGUUCCCGACUCUGGAGGACCCGGUGACCUCACUCCCCAGCACUCCGCUUCUCAUCAGCUAUCAGUCACACAGCCAGCCUGAGGAGGAGGAAGGGGAGGAAGAGGAGGAGACUGAAGAACUGGGCCAUGCUGAGACCUAUGCCGACUAUGUGCCGUCCAAGUCCAAGAUUGGAAAGCAGCACCCAGACCGCGUUGUGGAGACCAGUACCCUGUCCAGCGUCCCACCCCCAGACAUCACCUACACCCUGGCACUGCCCACCUCAGACAACGGGACCCUGUCUGCCCUACAGCUGGAAGCCAUCACCUAUGCCUGCCAGCAACACGAGGUCCUGCUGCCCAGUGGGCAGCGUGCCGGUUUCCUGAUUGGGGAUGGGGCCGGCGUGGGCAAGGGCCGCACAGUGGCUGGCAUCAUAGUGGAGAACUACCUACGGGGACGCAAGAAGGCUCUGUGGUUCAGUGCCUCCAAUGACCUCAAGUAUGAUGCAGAGCGGGACCUAAGAGACAUCGAGGCCCCAGGCAUUGCGGUGCAUGCGCUGAGCAAGAUCAAGUACGGUGACAACACUACCUCAGAGGGUGUCCUCUUUGCCACCUACUCUGCCCUGAUUGGAGAAAGCCAGGCGGGUGGGCAGCAUCGCACACGCCUACGCCAGAUCCUGCAGUGGUGUGGUGAAGCCUUCGAUGGUGUGAUUGUGUUUGAUGAGUGUCACAAAGCCAAGAAUGCCAGCUCCACCAAGAUGGGCAAGGCUGUGCUGGACCUGCAGAGCAAGCUGCCCCAGGCUAGGGUGGUGUAUGCCAGUGCCACAGGUGCGUCCGAGCCCCGCAACAUGAUAUACAUGAGCCGCCUGGGCAUCUGGGGCGAGGGCACACCCUUCCGGACCUUCGAGGAGUUCCUGCACGCCAUUGAGAAGAGGGGCGUGGGCGCCAUGGAGAUCGUGGCCAUGGACAUGAAGGUCAGCGGCAUGUACAUCGCGCGCCAGCUCAGUUUCUCGGGGGUCACCUUCCGAAUCGAGGAGAUCCCAUUGUCCCCCGCCUUCGAGCAGGUCUACAACCGGGCAGCCCGGCUGUGGGCUGAGGCCCUGAGCGUGUUCCAGCAGGCAGCCGACUGGAUCGGCCUGGAGUCUCGCAAGUCCCUGUGGGGUCAGUUCUGGUCCGCGCACCAGCGCUUCUUUAAGUACCUGUGCAUUGCGGCGAAGGUGCACCGGCUGGUGGAGCUGGCGCAGCAGGAGCUGGGCAGGGGCAAGUGCGUGGUCAUCGGGCUGCAGUCCACAGGGGAGGCGCGAACCCGAGAGGUGCUGGAUGAGAAUGAGGGUCACCUGGACUGCUUCGUCUCCGCGGCAGAAGGUGUCUUCCUGUCCCUGAUCCAGAAGCACUUCCCUUCCACCAGGAGGAGGCGUGACCGGGGAGGAGGAAAGAGGAAACGGCGGCCACGGGGUCGUGGCCCCAAGGCUUCCAGACUGGCACUGGAGACAGCAGGCGUCAUCCGUAUUAGUGAUGGCAGCAGCACAGAGUCAGAUGCUGGGGAUGCUGGCCUGGACAGCGACUUCAAUUCAUCCCCAGAGUCCCUGGUGGACGACGACGUGGUCAUCGUAGACGCCCCCACAUUGCCCACAGAUGACCGAGGUCCCCUGUACCCACUUCAGAGAGACCUGCAGGGUCCUGGUGUCCUGGACCGGGUAGAACGGCUGAAACAGGGCCUGCUGGCCAAGGUGCGAGCGCUGGGCCGGGAGCUGCCAGUGAACACGUUGGACCAGCUCAUCCACCAGCUAGGGGGCCCCGAGCGCGUGGCUGAGAUGACUGGCAGGAAAGGCCGAGUGAUAUCGAGGCCCGACGGGUCAGUGGUCUUUGAGUCCAGGGCAGAGCAGGGCCUGUCCAUCGACCACGUGAACCUCAGAGAGAAACAGCGCUUCAUGAGCGGCGAGAAGCUCGUGGCCAUUAUCUCUGAGGCCUCCAGCUCUGGCGUCUCCCUCCAAGCCGACCGCCGAGUCCAGAACCAGCGGCGCCGGGUACACAUGACCCUGGAGCUGCCUUGGAGCGCAGACCGCGCCAUUCAGCAGUUUGGCCGCACCCACAGGUCCAACCAGGUCUCCGCGCCCGAGUACGUCUUCCUCAUCUCCGAGCUGGCAGGGGAGCGGAGGUUCGCCUCCAUCGUGGCCAAGCGGCUGGAGAGCCUGGGCGCCCUGACCCACGGAGAUCGCCGCGCCACGGAGUCCCGAGACCUGAGCAAGUACAACUUCGAGAACAAGUACGGCGCCCGUGCGCUCAGCCGUGUCCUUGCUACAAUCAUGGGUCAGACGGACAACAGGGUGCCCCUGCCCCAGGGCUAUCCAGGAGGGGAUGCCGCCUUCUUUCGGGACAUGAAGCAGGGCCUGCUGUCUGUGGGCAUCGGCAGCCGGGAGUCGCGCUCAGGCAGCUUGGAUGUGGAGAAGGACUGCUCCAUCACCAAGUUCUUGAACCGCAUCCUUGGGCUGGAGGUGCACAAGCAGAAUGCUCUGUUCCAGUAUUUCUCCGACACGUUCGACCACCUCAUCGAGAUCGACAAGAAGGAGGGCAGAUACGACAUGGGCAUCCUGGACCUGGCCCCCGGCAUCAACGAGAUCCACGAGGAAAGCCAGCAGGUGUUCCUGGCGCCUGGGCACCCACAGGAUGGGCAGGUGGUCUUCUACAAGCAGAUUAGCGUGGACCGCGGCAUGAAGUGGGAGGAGGCGGUCACUAGGUCGCUGGAGCUGAAAGGCCCCUAUGAUGGCUUCUACCUCUCCUACAAGGUACGAGGCAGCAAGACGAGCUGCCUCCUGGCAGAACAGAACCGCGGCGAGUAUUUCACUGUGUACAAGCCAAACAUCGGCAGGCAGAGCCAGCUGGAGACCCUGGACAGCCUGUGCCGGAAGUUCCACCGGGUCACUGUGGAAGAGGCUCGGGAACACUGGGAGAGCAGCUAUGCCCUGUCACUGGAGCACUGCAGCCACACCACCUGGAACCAGCGCUGCCGACUGGCCCAGGAGGGCAAGUGCUGCGCCCAGGGUCUGCGCCUCCGCCACCACUACAUGCUGUGUGGGGCGCUGCUGCGCGUGUGGGGCCGCAUCGCCGCCGUCAUGGCGGAUGUCAGCAGUAGCAGCUACCUACAGAUCGUGCGCCUCAAGACCAAGGACAAGAAGAAGCAAGUGGGCAUCAAGAUCCCCGAGGGAUGCGUUCACCGCGUACUGCAAGAACUGCAGCUGAUGGAUGCAGAAGUGAAGCGCCGCAGUACCCGUGGGUUGGCGGCGCGCCCACCCACUCCACGCGCCAUUACGCUCCCUUGCGGUCCUGGGGAGGUGCUGGACCUGACCUACAGUCCCCCAGCCGAGGCUUUCCCAGCGCCUCCACGCUUCGCCUUCCCGUCGCUGCCGCCCCCAGACCCCAGCUCUCUGAUGCUGGGUGCCAGAGACCCUGCCACCAACCCUGUGGAGCUGGCGCACCAGGGCUGCGACAUCAACUUCAGGGAAGUGUUGGAAGACAUGCUCCGCUCCUUGCGUGCAGGGCCCACCGAAACCCCUGCGCCUCUGGUGGGUGUGGGUGGCGGAGGCACAGAGCGGCAGAGCGUCAUCCACUUCAGCCCGCCCUUCCCAAACUCUUAGGCUGCUAUUUCAGCCUCUGGAUUACAACUGUACUGGGCAGCGAGGCCUGUGGGCUCCUCUGCAAGCGGAGGUUCCCGUGACUACUGAGGUGUCUGGCCACAGUGCCUUCCCAGCCAGUGUGGAGCGGGGCCUCUGUGUCCCCGCUACAGCCGUGCGCAGCCUAGAAGCCGUGGGGCUUGCUUGUCCCAGAGAGCUGGUAACUCAGGAAAUCGGUGCUCGGGCCCCGCUGGCUAUGGGGGCUCCACGGGGCAGACCCCGUUAAUAUAUGCAAUCCCCUGCCCCUAAAUUAUUGUCACCCGCCCCUCCCCAGCCUGGCUCUGUGGGCAGCUGGCGGACCCUGGUUUCUAUGUAUUUAUAAUGAACCGUGUACAUAUGUAAAGAUCUUUUUUAAAAUAUAUGUGCCUUUCGCUUCUA